CUUUUAUAAAAACGCUUUGCUUUUGAGGGAAACGCUGUUGUGCUCUACUGUCUGUCUAAAUUGGAGAUGUAUACAGAAAGCAGGACUGCUUUUAACCGAGACACGCUAUGUCGAGCAUAAAGAUGCAUAUUUUAUUUAAUCGGCAAACUGCCGCUCGGUCCAAUGGGUCCUACAGUCAAUAGGCUGCUGUUUCCUGGGGAUUGCUGAUGUAGGCGCAACCUGUGUGCGUCGGGAUAUCAGUCCGUGUCCGAGGGUUAAAUAGUUCUGUUUACAAAAUGGAUGAAUUUAAAGCCUGUAACAUGCUGGACUACUUUCCAGAAAACAUUUUAAUUGAUGUGUUGUCGUAUUUGAGCGUGCGAGAGCUCGUCAGAGCCGGAAGAGUGUGUAAGAGAUGGAAACGCCUUGUUAAAGACCAACGACUGUGGAGGUUUGUCGAUCUGACAGCAUGGAAAGGGAAUAAGGAAAAUUAUGAGCCCAGGGGUUUCCAACGACCGUUAGCAACACCAAGCAUGGUGGCAGGUCCACAGCGUGUUCAGGUGAAGCCACGGACAGAGAUGGACAAAAAUGCCAUCACAGGCCCUGGGAGAGAGUGUGUAGGCUCGUCCUCUAGUGCAGCCUCAAAAAAAAUCUCCAUCGAUGACUUUGACAUCGGUCGACCACUAGGGAAGGGCAAAUUUGGUAAUGUCUACCUUGCGAGGGUGAAGAAGCUGCAGACCAUCGUGGCGCUGAAGGUGUUGUUCAAGUCACAGAUGGAGAAGGAGGGCGUGGAGCAUCAACUCAGGAGGGAGAUUGAGAUUCAGGCACAUCUCAAGCACCCCAACAUUUUGCGCUUCUACAAUUAUUUCCAUGACCGAAAGAGGGUCUUCCUGGUGCUUGAGUACGCCCCACGUGGUGAAAUGUACAAGGAGCUACAAAGAUGUGGAAGAUUUGAUGAACAGCGUACUGCCACAUACAUGGAGGAGAUAUCCGAUGCACUGAUGUAUUGCCAUGAGAAGAAAGUGAUUCAUCGUGACAUCAAGCCGGAGAAUCUGCUGCUUGGCUAUCGUGGAGAGCUGAAAAUUGCUGAUUUUGGUUGGUCCGUCCAUGCACCUUCUCUAAGACGUCGUACAAUGUGCGGGACACUGGACUACCUCCCUCCAGAGAUGAUCGAGGGGCACACUCACAGUGAGAAGGUGGACCUGUGGUGCAUCGGGGUCCUCUGCUACGAAUGCUUGGUUGGCAACCCCCCUUUUGAAACUGCCAGCCAUUCAGAAACGUACAAAAGAAUUAUGAAGGUGGAUUUAAAGUUCCCUAAAACCAUCUCAGCCGGUGCACAGGACCUGAUCAGCAAGCUGCUUCGCCAUAGCCCUAUCGAUCGUCUCUCACUACAGAGUGUCAUUGAUCACCCAUGGGUGCGCGCUAACUCCCGCCGAGUCCUACCCCCCAUCUGCCCUACCAAGAAAUCCUGAGUCCACCUGGCCUGCCACUGAGGGUGUUAUCUGUCCUUCACAAGUGACUCUGGGCCAGCAUGUUUUGGUUUCACUGCCAUGGGCUUUAAACUGCCGUUAUUCUGGCACAUUUUAUGAUGGGUAUAAAUGCAUACCCACUUUUUUUAUAUUGUACAGUGUGAUGUCAUUAUCUAUGUCUAGUAUGUUGCCUAUAGGUGUUUUGUGUUUUUAUUGUCAUUUCUUCUCUGAAACCUUUUUAAAUGAACACAGCUCAAUUUUGAAUUUCUGUAUCUGACAACAGUGUUGACACCAAAGUACUACUGUUAGACUGAUUAAAGCUGUCUAUAUUCUCAAAUAGUUAAAAAUGAGGUGUUUGAGAUUUGGGGUGAAAAGCAUGUUUUAUUUUGCCUCAAGCUAUACUUUAAAUUUCUAAUAAAUAUUAUACAAUGA